AGAGGGGGCCAAACUGGAAUAAAUAAAUAUAUUCAAAUUUCAAAACAGUCUGAUAAUUCGAUCGUCCAAUUCAAACCCCUCUGAUUCAACCUCUGGAUAGAAGUUCAUUGUAUGAGCUUUGAUAAAUUAAAAAUCAAUAUAGCCCGAAUAACCUAGAAAAACCCAUAUCAAAUUCCAGAGUUGAAUUGAUGCUGCAGAAUAUCAUAAAUUCUGAUUAUUUGAAUUGGAUCGGUAGCUCAUAUUCGCCUCCCUCAUGGGCAGCUCUAAUCGCUGGAUUUUUCGUGAUCCUUACUUUGACCCUCUCUGUGUAUCUGCUAUUCGAGCAUCUCUCCGCCUACAAAAACCCCGAGGAGCAAAAAUUUUUGAUUGGUGUGGUAUUGAUGGUGCCGUGUUAUGCUGUUGAAUCAUUUGUAUCAUUGGUAAACCCAGCAAUUAGUGUUGAUAUUGAGAUCCUGCGUGAUUGCUAUGAAUCCUUUGCCAUGUAUUGCUUCGGGAGAUAUCUCGUUGCAUGUUUAGGUGGAGAAGAAAGGACAAUCGCAUUUAUGAAGAGGGAAGGACGCAUAAGUGCGAAAAUGCCCCUAUUAGAUCAUGGGUCUGAAAGGGGAAUUGUAAAGCACCCCUUUCCCAUGAAUCUUAUUUUAAAGCCUUGGAAAAUGGGUCAAUGGGUUUACCAAGUUAUCAAGUUUGGUAUUGUUCAAUAUAUGAUUAUAAAAGCAGUUACUGCUAUUUUGGCAGUGAUUCUUGAAGUUUUUGGUGUAUAUUGUGAAGGAGACUUCAAAUGGAAUUGUGGGUAUUGUGUUGAUGUCUUGUGGUUUCAUGUGGGUGAACUUUCUCCGAUGCAAAAUAACUCCCUCAUUGACUUCUGCAUAGCGCCUGGGCAUAUGAUUGACUCUGCAGAUCAGUUAUUUGUGACGUGGAUUGUAAAUGAUUUGAAGUUUACGGUCACUCAAGCGGUAGAACCUGUGGAGAAAGGAAUCAAUAAGUUCAAUCAGAAAUUGCAUAAGAUUUCUCAGAACAUAAAGAGGCAUGACAAGGGGAGGAGAACAAAGGAUGACAGUUGCAUAGCUACGACUUCACCAACACGGAGAGUGAUCCGAGGAAUAGACGAUCCUCUCUUAAAUGGCAGUAUCAGCGACAGUGGCAGUUCAAGGAGAAAGAAGCAUCGUCGAAAAUCAGGGUAUACCAGUGCUGAAAGCGGUGGAGAGAGUAGCAGCGGUGAUCAGACCUUUGGUGGUUAUCAAAUUCAUGGCCGUAGGUGGGUUAUCAAAGAUUAGUUAUGGUAAAUGGUUUGGCUUCAUUACUUUACGUUUCAUUGUUAAGAAUUAAACCCACCAACGUGACACACCAGGCUGCAACUGUGCAUUUUCUGGCAUUUUAUGCCCCGAGAGAAGUUCUGUUUCUUGUCCUUUAUUAAAGGUGUAAGGGUAAUAUAUUCAAAGGGCCUGUAGAUUUUGGACUCCUGUCGUGUUAUUUUGCAGACAGCAGGCCUUGAUGAUUUUGUAUAGGGAUCCAUAUCGAUUUGGUCACAACUCAUUGUAUUAAGAUCUGUUUCCCUAAUACUAAAUCUCAAUUCGUGCCUUGGCUAUUUUGUGUAUUAAGCCUUUGCCCAGUGAA